UUGUCAUACUGAUCCACAUAAUAUUCCUGUUGUCCCGAAGACUAAAAGUCUGAUUGAUUUGAUUGUCCUGAAGAAAUGUAAAAUCAUAAAGUUGAUGUUUCUUUGAAAUUGUGACAGGUGUAGUAUUUUAUGUCAUUUUACCCACUUCAUUGUUGCAUCAACUCCUCAAGUUUUAUGCCCUUGCAAUCUUUGAUCUAUCCCAAGUCAUGACCAUGUUGUAGAUGGUAAACAAAGGGAAGCAAUUUGUCUCGUGCUCCUUCUUCAUCGUUGUACCACCACGCUGUAUUAGAUUUAAAGGAUUUUAGGGCCAUUGUAGACAGUUGUUUCUCUUUCAAUAAAAGGUAUAAUAUUUAAACUAGAUCUAGAUUUAGAUCUAGAUCUAAGGAUUUAGAUUCAGAUCUAAAGAAACUGUAUCAGCCAAUUUGUUCUGAAAAAGAUCAGAUUUGAGUUUGAGUAAAGUAGUAAAAGCUAGCAGCCUCUACUAUCUAGAUUUCUAAUGACAAGAAUUGUUCCUGUUUAGUUUGCUGAAAAGACUGAGACGCGCAGUUAUCUGGUUCACACUGAAGGGAUGGCCGCAACGGCUGCUGUUAAGAGUGGCCAGGCAUCGGGUCGAUCUGCACCUAACAAUAAUGUCCCUGUGAAAACAGAAAUGCCACAAGAUGGUGUGAAGAACAUUGCUUUGACUGAAAAGGUCAAUACAGUUGAAGAAAAAUCUGGUGGAAAGGAGGAUGUUGCAGCUAAGAAAUAUGUUGAUGCUCCACCUCCACCUACUAAUGCUUGGGCAAAAAGAAGUGCAAGUCUGAGUGCUGAUAAAACUCAAGGGCAAUCAAAUUCUGAAGAUCCACCGCCUGUGAGCGCUGAGAAAAGUGCAAGUUCUGUAAACAUCACAAGCACUUCAAGUGGUAAGCCAGCGAAUGUUGCCAAAGCACCAAAAGGUGGAAAUGGCCAAAAAGUAGACAAACCAAAGCCAGAAAAGACUAAGGUUGAAAAACAGAAGACUGAUUCUAAUGGCGGUAAUAGUGGAAAGAAUCCUCCGGCUGACCAAAAGGCCAAGACGAAAAUGUUUGGGGAAGAUUAUGUUGAAGCCCCUCUUCCUGUGGUCAAUCCGUGGAAAAAAACCAACAGUGCUGCCAACCCAACAGCUGUUGGAUUUCAUGGUGAAACUGACCCGACUCCAGCGGCGGCUGCUGCCCCUGUAGGCACUCGCAAUAAAGAGGUCAAGGCAGCAACAGCUUCCAUAUCAGUUGAUCCUUCAAAGGAAUCAAAACCCCCAGACCAUGCCUCGAAUGAUAGUUUACCUAGUAAGGCAACAGUGAACCUGCCAGCUUCUGGCUCAUCCACGCCCUCCUCUCCUGCCCUAGCGGAUGACAACUGGCCGGCCUUGAACGAAGUCAAAGUGUCAGAGAACCAGGCAAUGAAGAGCAAGACCCCUCGUUCCCCAAAAGCGAAGGGAAGCUCUUCUGUUGGUGCGCCAGCCAGUGCGGGUGGCGCGUCUACUGCGGCCAGCACAGCUCCAGCCAACAUGGCCAAUGGUGUGGACCAGAAACUUGCCCUUGAUGGGGAUGCUGUAAGGGCCGCGGAAAGUGCAGAUGUUCAGGUUGCUGCUGCUCAGUCUCAGGCUGAUUCAGGAGGAGACGACUCCUCAAAGGAAAAUAAAGAAAACACAGCCAAUGGGGAUGAGUCCAAUAAUGCUGUCAAAAGCAAGAAAGGAGCAAAACCAAAAUGGCAAAGGAUGGAGAUCGAUCAUCCCAAGCCAGACCGUCGCAACAGACGAAGCAGAAGUCAAGGUCGGAGGUUUUCCCCCAACCGACGGGAUGGGAGGAGAGCCGGAGAGCGUGUGAAUCGCCCUGAUAGCCGCAGAGCUGACGCUGGUCCCGACUCACAGAACUGGCGAGACAACAUGAUUGGUCAAAACCCUGCUGUGACCUCAUCUGCCUCUACCCCCAUCAGCCCAACAGACGCGUCCCGCACCAGCAUGAGCCAGCCUGGUGCCAGCUUCCAGGCAGGAGGACGGGGAGGUCGGGGUCGCGGAGGCACACGUGGUGUGGGCCGUGGAGCCCGAGGUGGUGGACGCGGGCGAGGCAUUGGAAGAGACGCCAUGUCACCCUCGUUUCAAACUCCCACCACUUGGAGUCCUGAUCAAGCCUUCCCUACCAUUCCCACAGACCCGGAGACGAUACAAGCUGCACCUUGGAGCUCCGGGUUCAACACUAUCCAAAAUUUACCCCGUGUCCCUCCCAUAAAUCCUCCAGUGAUGCUGGGCGUUGACCCUAACUUGUACCUUCAGGACGCUCUGCUCAACCUGUUGGGCCAGACUUCCAUGUUCUAUGAGAGCGCCACCAACACCUACCCCCCAGAGACACUGCGCCAUCAAAUAGAGUACUAUUUUAGCGAAGACAAUCUUGUGAAAGAUCUCUUCCUUCGAAAGAAGAUGGACACAGACGGCUGGGUCAGACUUGAACUUUUGCGAAGCUUCAAUAAAGUCAAGGAACUGAAAGCAGAUCAGAAGAGCCUAAUACAGUGCAUCAAGGCUUCCGACAAGCUCCAGUUGUCUGACAAUGAGGAGUAUGUUCGCACUCUCAACUCCCCGGAGUUGUGGCCCAUCAAAGAUGACUUCAGCGGAAGUAUGCCCCCACCACCUGCUGUCCAGCGAGUGGCUGCCAUGUCCACCCUUCACUCGGAUGCCCCCGAAUUUGUCCCAGGCCAACCCUUUCAGCUGAGAAGCCUUGCCAGCGAUGCUCCUGAAUUUGUUCCCCGAUCCCAGCAGGAUUUCAAGUCCGGCUCACAGACAGAAGACUCUCAUUGGUCGACAUCACGAAAUGAUGAGGAGGAAGAUAAUCGCCUUUGUGACGCAACAAGCAAUCUUACAACAAUUCCUCCCAUCCUGUCGUCAAGUGCGCCUCAAUUGUCAUUGGAAGAAUGGCAAACGGUGCAUCAUCGGGCUAAAAAGAAAGCUGCUCAAAAGGAGAAGUUGGAUAAGGAAGGAGACCGAGAAGUUGACGAUCGUGAGGAGCUGGACUUCAUGUUUGAUGAGGAAUUGGAUGACCUCAAUGUGGGCAGAGCCAACAACUUCACAGAAUGGUCUGAUGAGUCUGGAGACGAAAUUGAUGACAGCGACAUCAACAAAAUUCUUAUUGUGAUGCAAACGCCACCGGCCCUCCGCAAGCACCCAGGAGGUGAUCGCACCGGUGACCACACCAAACGCUCCAAAAUCACGGCCGAGCUCAGCAAAGUCAUCAACGAUGGCCUCUUUUAUUAUGAGAAGGAUCUCUGGGACGAUGAAUUCUUGAAUGACUUUGAUUUCAAGACGGUGAACCUUAUCACUAAAGAGGAGUUUGAGAAGAUCACUCCAUCCAAACAAGAGAUGGAAGAGGAACAGGAGCAAGAGGUGCCACCCCCUCCCCCACCUCCAGCUGCAACAGGAAGUUCGACUACAGAGAGCAAGAAGGUGCCCACGCCGCCCUCCUCCCAAUCUGGGCACGGGGACGUUGCCCGCUCCCUCCCAGCCUGGGUCCCCGAUACGCCGGGCCGCAGGGAGCAGGGACCUCGCACACCAAGACACGACAGGAAAGAGCCACGCUUCUAUCCCGUCAUCAAAGACCCCGGUGCCCCGAUUGACCCCCAGACGCCACGCAAGAAGAAGACCCGCCACAGCAGCAACCCACCUUUGGAGUCCCAUGUGGGCUGGGUCAUGGACAGGAAGGAGCACAAGGCUCGAUCUCGUCAUAAUUCAACGUCCGCCUCCUUACGCUCCGUUAGCCCCUCGGACAGUCAGCUGGCUUCCAGCUACGGGUGCACUCCAGUUUCUAUGCCCAAUUUCGAGCAUCCGUCACACGAACUGCUCAAAGACAACGGUUUUGUGUGGCAUGUGUACAAUAAAUUUCAUUCCAAGUGCCUUAAAGAACGUAAACGUCUCGGCAUAGGCCUGUCCCAAGAGAUGAACUGCUUAUACCGAUUUUGGUCCUUCUUCUUGCGUCAGCAUUUUAACCGCAAAAUGUAUAACGAGUUUCGACAAUUGGCUGUGGAAGAUUCCUCCAAGGGUCACAGGUAUGGUUUAGAGUGCUUGUUCCGAUACUUCAGCUAUGGUCUGGAGAAAAGAUUCAGGCCGGAAGUCUUUCAAGAUUUCCAAGAGGACACCAUGAGAGAUUGUAUGACUGGACAACUAUACGGGCUUGAAAAGUUUUGGGCAUUCCUCAAGUAUUCGCGGCGUAAGGUGGAUGUGAAUCCAGAGCUGCAGGCUAAACUGUCUCAGUAUAAGAGGCUAGAGGAUUUCAGGAUAAUGGAGGAGCCAGAACCACCUCAGGCCAGUGCAGCCCAGGGGAGCAGCCAACAGUCCACGGCAAAACCAGCAGCCGCAGCGGCGGCAGCAGCAAGCACCACAAGCAAGGGCAGCAGUAGCAACAACAACAACAGCUAGUCAACACACAUUUCCUUUUGGCCGUGCCUCAUCAAAAUAUGUUUAGCCAUCUCUUAUUUCGUGCUGGUGUGCGCUACCUUAUUGGAGGGGAUGCUUUAGUGAUGAUCUUAACAGGGUUGUUGAAUUUUACACAAUCUUGUUGAAAAGACUUCCUGGGUUGUUUUUUUUUAAUAAUUUUUUUGGUGUAAUUUCGAUUUUAGUUUUCUGUGACAAAGCAAGCAUUUAAUUUUAAUUACAAGGUGAGUCUGAAGACAGGUAAAGAGUAAUAGUGAGCCGAAAGAUAUUUACUCCCACUGAACCUUCUGUGAGAGGAUUUGGACGAGUCAAAUAAAAUAAAUUUUGAUAUACAGUAAAGUUCGGGCUAUUGAGCAUACCUGUAUAUAAGCCAAACCAGGUUUUAAAAAAAAUCUGAAUUGUUGUUUCUCCCGAAUAAGCUACACUGCAGCAGAUUAUACAAAACAGAUAUGUACAUUACAGGAUCACUAAGAUGCCCCAAAACGACUUUCCAUAUCUUAGACUACAAAUUUUUCAUUUUAGGACGGCAGCACUCUCCUGUUCCACUUUUCAGCGGAAGCUUGUAGAUUUUACCCCGUGGCUGUGUAGAGGUCGCCACAGGAGCCACCAAAAGUACUCUCCCAUCUAUUGAACUGUGUUUGUUACGCAUACACUAAAAUGUACAGUUGUGGAAAAUGUGUCAGCUUUUUAAUGUUUUAGGUGUAUGCUAAUAGAGGAGAGGGAGUGACACUCCUGCAAUCUGGAAAAUCGGCAAAUGAGUCACAUAGUUGAUUAAGCCGCAGAUUUUAAAGCUGAGGAAAAAAGUCAUGGCUUAUAGCCCGAACUUUACGGAAGCUAAUUAUUCAACAAUUCUUUUCAUCUUUACUUGCCAGAGAUAAGUUAUAUAUAUAUCUGUUUUGAGUGAAUAUGAGGCUGAAAUGUCCUUGCAUUUAGCGCUUUUAAAAUCUUUAUAGAUGGGGAAAAGAUUGAAACGUUACAGAAUUCAGGUAUUCCUUUAUCACAUGAAAUUGUCUUCGACCUUUAAUCUGAUCUGUUAGAUUGAUACUAUUUUUUAUUUUAUUCUUAAUGUUUUCUUGUAUGUUUUGUGUAUAUUUUUUAAAAAUUGGUGCACAAGAUAAUUCAAAGUUGUAAUAACGAAGUAUUAUGCAAGUGUUGGUGAGGAAUUGGUCGGUGUUCAUUGUAAAGGGGACCUCCAACAUGUUGUCAUCACUUGUCAACCAGGGUUUUCGGAGGGUUUUUGUGUUUGUUAGUUUGAUUGUGAGUGAGUGCAGUUGGAUCAUGUUCUAAUAGCACACUGGUGGUGUUGUCCUCGGGGUGGGUUUGACAGCCUUUCAGAAUGUGUUGAUGCCAUGACUUGUGUUCUUGUGGGGAUUCUCUGGACUGCUUUAUCCUGUCCAGAGUUUGUUGUCCGUCAGACACCGCUGUCAUUUCGCUUUUAAAAAGUAUUUUUUCCUCCUUUUCGAAAAAAUGAUUUUUCUCUCAGUUCACAUAGAAUAUUGACAUUUUGUUUUCAAUUUUUCUUUUCAAUGAAUAUGAUGGAUAGACGAGAUAGUUUUAUUUAUAAUUUUUUCGCAGGCAGGGUGUGCCUUCUUGAUAGUUUGAAACUACUACAACUGAUCGUACCUUCCACUGACAUUGUGAUGAUGCUGUGUACCUAUGAUAUGCUUACUGUAAUUAUUUGCAACCGAUGAAAAUUGCCCCCUAUUGUUGAUUGUUUUUGCUCUUGUAAAUUUUAAUGUCCCGUUCAGCUAACUUGCACAUGUUUACGGUGAAGGUUGUUUAAUUUGCUGUUCAGUAGUUGUUUCAUGUGACAAAAUGCUUUACAUUGCCUUUAUUUUUGUUAAUGAAAAUGAAUGUUUUAAUGAAAAGGUCCUAACUACUGGUGUUACUCAUAAAGUACUCAUCAACUGCCAGACUGCUCACACUACCACAUGGUCAUCCAAUCUGUCGUCUUCUAUAUUUAAAAAUGUUUUAAGUGUGACAUAACUCACUGAGCCCUGGUACCAAACAUAGUUGGGAAGGGGAUUUUUGCAUCCCGCCCCAAGACGACGACCUUAUAAUGCGAUAUUAUUUUUGUACGAAGCUUUAGGUGAAUUAGUAUCUUAACUGGAAAUGAAGAUUCUUAAAAAAUAAACAAUACUAGUUAUAAGGAUGUCUGAUGACUUUACAUGACAGUAUCAUAAAAGUUAAGUAAAAUAUAGAUAUCUAGAUUUAGUCAUAAUUUUUUUUUGGUACGCUAUCAUUUUCAGUCCAUUAGGUGAGGAGAAAUGUUUUUUGACCUUUAAAAAAUCAGGGAACAAAAUUUUUGCAGUAGCUAGUAAAAAUUAUAGAGGAGACAAGGUAUCAUCAUCCAAGCCUAAAAUUAAGGCCGGUACCUUUUUAUUUACAUUCCUGAACAUUUUUGGAGAAUGUGAGAAUGGCCAGUAAGAAGUGACCACUGCGAUUCUGUACUAGCCAGGGCUCGGUGGAUUAAAGGGAGCAGAGACAGUGGCGGUAGUCAUGAUAUUUUGUUUUUUCAUGUCACAGUGGUGAACAUUGUGGUAGAUACACAUUUGAAAAACUGUUGUGCAGAUAUGUGGUCCAGGCAUGGCCUGUGAAGGCUCAUACUCUAGUUCCAGUGUAUCUGGUACAGUCUGUUCCAGCCAGCGUUGUGCUCGGGAAAGGUUAUUAGGUAAAAGUGUGCAAUUGUUAUGACGUCACCUACUGAGCAGUUGCUACCUUUCUCUUGAGUGUUUGUCUUUUGUUUAGAUUUUGUAAACGCGAGCAAGUUUGUGACUAAGCAUUGUAAAGGGAAACAACCCAGGUGCUACCUCAAAAUUCUUGGGUAGGAUAGGACUUCGAUUUUCUUUUUCUUUCUUUUUAAAAAAAAAGAAUAAUGUAUGAUUUAAGGGAUUAUAUUUGUGAAUUUUUGUUCAUUUUCUAAAUAUUGCUCCUAUUGGGAAAUAAUGAAGGAAACCUGUUUCUAAGUAAUGAGAUCAGCGAGUGCUAUGUGACUUACGGAGUUUCAUCAUUUGCUCCCAUGUCUUUGUAACGAGAGGAAGGUGGAAAGGGUAUCUUGAUUGCAAAUAUGCUGAGAGCAUUUUAAAACCAAAAAAAGCCUCGUUUUCACUGUAGGGUUGUGUACCUGCUUUAGGAAGUUUCAAGCUUGAAGCAACUUUUCCUUUGUUUUUCCUUUUCUUUUUUUUUCCUUCGAUUUUGUUUUGUUUGUUUGAGUAAAAUAUUUAUGUAAUCAUGAUACAUAUAAAUAAGAAAAAUUAUCAUUGCAUUCUAUGUAUAAGUAAAAAAAAACCCUGAUAAAUAAUAUGUGUAUGUAAAUAACAUAUCCCUAAAUAGAUUAUUGCAAGAAAAAAAAAAUGACAAAAAGAGUGUGGCAACCAUUCAAGGAAGUGUGUAUGAAUAUGAAAUGUGCUUUUCUGCUGACAAUGUAAGCCCCAACCAGUAACUGUUGUGGGGUUUUGUGUACAAAAUGAUGUCUCUCGUUUCCAUCGCUUAUGACGGUUUCUGAUAGAGGUCUUAGGCCGGAGUGCUGUCGUUACACCAAUGAAAAGACCUGUGAACCGUUGCUAGGGUUUUUUCCCCCCUUUGGGAAGAUUGUGUCAUUGUAACUUUCUUGCAUUGUGGCUUAUCUCACAUAACUGACUUCUUUUGGUUAUCAAAUCUUGAACAGUUGAUGUGUACAUGUUGGCCUGAUAUACUUGAUAACUUUAAUGAAUUACAAGGUUUUAUUUGUUUUGUUGGGGGUUUUUUUUGGUCGUGAAAAUGUCAGCAUUAUAAAAAGAUAUAUUAAGUGAUCACGUUUUUUGCUGGUUGAACGCUUUGUUUUUAAAAUAGAUUUUUCAUUUUCUUCCUUAAGAAUUAGAAUGCAAGACUUUCUCGAGAUUAAUUAAGUCCAGAUUUGAAAUUUUUUUUUGGGUAGAAGUAGAUCCGUUGUCCUAGUUUCAGAUUAUUCACGUUAGGCACUGAAGUGACAAUGACUUUGUUUUUUCUCUUGUCCCAUUUCAAUGAAAGGGAAAUAAGCUCAGCUUGAGUAUGUCAUGUCUGAGGAGAUAAAGACGUUUUCAUGAGUUCAGGCUCGUAUUCGUAACUGAUUGAAACCAUGGAGGGAGAUGUACUGUUGCAAACUCCAACCUGUGUAUAUUUUCCUGCAAUGUUUUUGAUGGUGCCCUGGUGUAUCUUUUUUUGUAGCUGUGGAUUGACUACAGGACAAAGAAGGCUCUUGUCUAUUGAAUGUCACAGUUUCUCUUAAGGGGAGACACAGUUUCUAUUCACUCUUGAGUCAAGUGGGUAAAAUAUUGAUUUUCCUGUUCAAUUUUUUCCUGAACGCACCGCACUAACCACUGAAUUCGUUCUUAAUUUCAGGGGGAUUUUUCUGUAGAACAAAAAUUAUGCUUGUGAGAGGUUUAACAAACAUGUUUCUAAAAAUGGAGCAAGAUUUUUUUCUUGUACCUGUUAAAAACGUUUACUAAUUACAACAAAUAAGAAUCCUUGUGUGGGUAGUUAAUAUAUAUUGUUAGUAAUACUUACAGCAAUUUUCAGAGAUGUUGUGGAAAAGGUGAAUGAGUAAUUUGGUACACAUGAUAAUCAGUUUGAAUAAAAAUAUAAUUUUUCAUUGUCAUACUCAUUACUACCCUUUUGUCACUUGGAAAUUAUGCAAAACUGCCAUUUUUAGCUGUAUAUAUAUAUACACACAACACAAAAAAAAGUUCGGUUGUCUCAGUAGUGUCUCCCCUUAAGUUUUUUUUCUCCUACCCUGCAAACUGCUCACUUGCUUUCUGACUGACCAGCGCCCAAAUUAAAUCUAAUUGGUUUACUGGAAGGGCAUGCAUGUUGUCUGUAAUUGGUCCCUCGGUCAUGCUGUCCUGAUGGAUGGGAAUGGGAAAAAAUUAUAGUCACAAUAUCAAGUGUACUUUCCCUGUGGUAUCCUCUUUGUAUGCUGUUGCAAUGGGAGGAGAAACCUCUCUCAGAAUAUCUGACUUAACAUUAGCUACUGUGAUGUUUUAAGCUGUGACUGCCCCCAGACGUUCACACUGACCCGGCGGCCAUCCAAUUGCUGUCAUUUCCUCUGUUACAGCACUGUCUGGUGUUUGGUGGUAAAGUUGAUUCCUGCGACUGCAUAACGCUCCCACAAUGAUAAAAUGAUUGUGUAAGACUGAACUUUUUAGCUUAGCUCUUAAGAUGUGGUUGUGUUGACGUAACCUUACAAACUGGAUUCUGAAGUUUUCUGUAGUUCCCAGCACUUGUGGACGUAUUUGACAAAUGCACAAGCCAUGUGGCAUGAUGAAAUCGGCUUCCCCUUUAUAACGGUUUUGAUUUAUGUUGUCUGCUGUUGAUGGUAUGUAAAUAGGCAGCAGUCUACACAGAAGCUCCUUCGCCUGUUAUGCGUGUGAACUAUUUCGAUAUAUUAUCAGUGCUUGAGCUUCAUUACUGGAUUAUUAUGAUUUGUCUUCUUCGCAAGUGAAGAUUUGUUCCUUUGUGUUUGCUAAAUAGGUGUGACAGUAUUAUUGUUGAGAAUGGAAAAGAGAACAGUUAAUUUGACCACAGUUUAUGGAGUCGUGAGACAAAGGAAGAGUAAUUUCCUCCGCUUUACUAUUCCAUCAGAAAUUAGAAGAAAAACCUCCUUUCUGCACUCAGGUAUUGGCGAAUUAACUUGGGCGAAUCCCCCCCAUCAUCUUUAAAGAGGCAUGCUCGUUUCAGUACAACUGAAAAGUGUAUUGUGGUGAAAAGCAGUCUUGUCCUUUCUCCGAACGCCUGUUUUGGACAGUGUUGUCUCCAGCCAUAACCACAGCGCCAACUUGUCUUUCAGAGCAUCGUAGAAGAAGUUGGGAUUCUUCUGGCCUGUUCCAUGUUCCUUUCGUGUCAUUGUGUGGUGCCGCUUUGUGUGCCCUAGUUUCAUUUUGCUGAUAAAGGAUUUGUGAGUGUGUGCGUGUUUCUGUUGGAUCUAUGGCAAGUCUGUGUGACAGCCUCAUCUGUCAUUGUUUCACCCCCGUAGUAAUGAAGUGUUAAUCAUUUUGCUGCUGCUAAUGUGUGCUUCAGCUCCGUCAUUGUCUGGAUGUGGGAAGAAUGGAAGGUGUGGUCACACCUGACGGGAAAAGUCUUUUCUUGUGUUUUGACUACUAAUGUGUUGGAAUCAGAAUUAUGGUGAUUCCACAUAUACUUAGCCAGUGGUGGGCAGAGACAAAGUGAACAUGACAACAGAGAGAGAAAAAUCAAGGAGGACUUACAUGUAUGCAAUUUGAAUUGUGUGUGUUUGCUAGUGUGGAUCAAUAUGUAGACAUAUUCUCUAUGCACUUCUUUUUACUUUCUUAUUGUAGUUUGACUAGAGUGAGCUCAAAAAGUGUUUUUUUCUUCAUUUGUUCAAGUGACAAAUUUGUUCUCCUCAGUUUUUUUGCUGUUGGUGCAUGUAAUGCUGUUUUGGUAUGUCUCAUCGCUAAUGUUCUCUGCCCAAGUUUUCAGACUUCAUCUAAGCAGUAACUCUUUCGUUUUCAACUUUGUUGUUAUGAUUUACUUUCCUGCAGUUUGUUAGAUGUUUUGAUGCCACCAAAUGUAAAUAGAUUGUACAUUUCAUUGAUUCAUAAUUGCUAUUGUUCCUCCAUCUCCGUCAUCUUCUGUGAAUUGACUUUUAGGAUUUUCUGACUACCAUGGACUGUACCUCGUCUUCAAACAUUUUAAUGUAUAAACUGUACAAAGUUUUUAAAUUUGUGUAACCAUUUAUUCUUUGGUGUUGAACCAUUUAUCCCUAGUGUGAAAUGGGUGUGUAGAUGUUAUAUAGUGUCGCUGUCGCAAGAAAAAUGCCUCACUCCGUUUGACCCAGCCUGCAGGGUAAACAAAAAAAUGUUACUCAUUUUUCUUGGAAUGGCGACAAUAUGAAGUUUCUUUGAAUGAUUUUCUAAAAUGCUAAUUUCUUCAAGUUUAUUGUGCAAAAUUUAGCUUAGUUAUUCAAGAGGUCUCGAUGACUUGUGAGUAGAUGAUUCACGGCUACUUGAUGAAUAGUCACACUGGUUGGAGAGGCCCCAAAGAUCCCUAACAUACAGACUUUGGGUUUUACUGGUCUUGUUUGGAUUCCUACUCCACUUACCGACUUCUAAAGGUUUCAGAUGAAUUUUUCUUCUUCUUUUUUUUUUUUACAAUCCUCAAGUGUGACAGCUUUAGGGUAGGGGAAAGCCUUAGUGCUAUGCUGUUUGCUGGGAACUUGGCUAGUGCAUUGAAUUUAAAGGUUCUGAUCUGAUAAGUAUAUAUAAAACUAAAGUACAAUCUGCCUGUUUUGCAGGAGAUAAGAAAUGGAAUAGGUACAAUGAUCAAGAUUUAUUGUAAGGGAAAAAAUGUAUUUCAAGGUUUUGGUGUUAAUUUUUCUAGUCAUUUGGGGUGAGGUAUUUUGCUAACUCUUCUUCUGUAUAACAGUGCACUUUGGCAGUAACUUGUUUGGCACACCCCCUAGUUUUCAUUUUGUGCAUGCCAUCAGUCACACUCUUAAUUUGUCUGUUCUGUCUAUCCCCUUGCCCUUCUAUCUCAUCCCCUCUUUCAUCAUAUUGUUCCACUGCCUUCCCCUUUUGUCAUUAGUCCAUUAAAUCGUUCACUGUGCUUCAUGAAGGAGUGAUUUCCAAAGUAUGAGACACUAGUCUGUUGAGAAAGCCCACAAAGUGCAAACUGAUAUUAGCAACUUUGAUAAUUAAACAGAUCCACUGAAUUUAUAUAGCGACUCGUUUCCUGGAGGGGUAACACCCAGUUGUUCAACUUUGUGGAGACGAGGUCUUGAAUUUCGAGUUUUGCUUGUGUAAUAAAAAAUUAUGUCAGUAGCUUGUAACACUAGUGAAAUAGUGUGAUUAUUGCUUGUGGUGUAUUGUAGUUUUCUUCAAAUUGAAAUGUGACAUGAUCUCCGGCUUUCUCUGCUGUCAUUAAUAUGCUGCUCUUCAUCGAGUACGGACAUAUAUAUUUAUAUAUAUAUAUAUACAUAGAAAGAGAGACCUGUGUGUCCCUCACAUCGAAGAGUAUAGGGUUGUUAUCUAUUGAAGGACCAGGCAUUCCCCCAAGAUUCGCCCUGGAGAGGGCUGAACAAGUGUUGUGAAGUCUGUCUUCUCCAGAAUGUCUCAGGCUAGAGUUAAUUUUACAUUUCUUUUCCGCUUGUCCCCUGCAAUAACUCACACAGGAAUGUAGUGUGGAGCCAUUUCAGUCAACGUGUGGACCUCACCAUGCAAUGUCUUUGUAAAGUGUCUCUCUAAUCAGCACAAUAUUCAAUAUCAUCAUGGGUAGAGAUGUUAACUGGAUCUGGCAGUAUAAUUUAUUUCGUUUUGAGUCCGACCAUCCAGUGUCGGACAAGUGGUUAGCUCAGUUCACAGUAGCUAUGUAUCCCGUCGCCCUGGUAUCUGUAGCUGUUUUUAUGUUAUUCUUAUAGAUUUUCCUGUAUCUUCUUCCCGUCUUACUCCAGCUUAGCCAAGUCUUGUUCUUAAUUAAUGCUUCUUAUGAUGGAGGAAACAGUUCUUGUUAUAUUAUUAUGAUUAUACUAUUGAGAUGUUUCAAAUGUAUGGUUGAUUUAUUUCCCAGCUAUCUGGUUCAGUUUUUAGUCUUUUUGUCAGGGGGAAAAGGGAUCAGCAAUCAUUUUUUUUCUCCAAAAUAAAUCCUUUAUGUCACACAUCCA